GGGAUUAGCUACACCAUCUUCAUCAACCAAUAUCCGGGAAAAGUGCUCUGAUCUUAUUAUGCAACUUCUCUUAGUUGCUCGACUGUGUUCAAGUACAUAUAGCAAGUAGUAGUGCUAUUACUGUCGAAAACAUGGCUGAUGAUCACAAAAAACAGUUGGAUGGAGAUUUUGCCACAGAGCCAGCAGAAACAGCAUCAGCAAACGCAGUAGAAUUCAAAAACAACCAAGAAAAUACUUCUGGCAAUAAGAGCAAGGAGGAAGCAACCAAUACAGUACCAUACUACAAGCUUUUCUCAUUUGCUGAUUCCAUGGAUUGCCUGUUAAUGUCUGUUGGUAUGAUCGGCGCAAUUGGAAAUGGACUAUGUCUGCCUCUAAUGACCGUGAUCAUGGGAGAAGUGAUUAACUCCUUUGGAGAAACUACGAAUACCAAAAAUGUGGUUAGUUUAGUUUCCCAGGUAGCACUAAAGUUCGUUUACUUGGCUGUAGGGGCUGCUGCUGCUGCAUUUUCACAGAUGUCUUGCUGGAUGAUCACCGGAGAGAGACAGGCUGCACGAAUAAGAUGUUUAUACCUGAAAACAAUACUGAGGCAAGAUGUUGGUUUUUUUGAUAAAGAAGCUAAUACUGGGGAAAUUGUUGGGAGAAUGUCAGGUGAUACUGUGCUCAUUCAAGAGGCCAUGGGGGAGAAAGUAGGAACUUUUAUCCAGUUAGUUGCAACAUUUAUAGGAGGUUUUGUUAUAGCAUUUGCCAAGGGAUGGCAUCUCACCGUUGUCAUGAUCACCUCUAUUCCCCCUAUUAUCUUGUCUGGUGCUGUCAUGAGCCUCACUAUAAGGAAGUUGGCAUCCCGCGGACAAGCUGCUUAUUCAGUUGGAGCAACUGUGGUAGAGCAGACAAUUGGUUCAAUCAGAACUGUUGCGUCAUUUACGAGGGAGAAUCAAGCUAUAACUAAGUACAACAACUCCUUAGCUAAAGCUUACAAGUCUGGUGUGCAAGAGGGUUUAGCAUCAGGAGUGGGUCUUGGUACGGUUAUUCUUACUUUAUUCUGCAGUUAUGCAUUGGCUAUAUGGUAUGGUGGCAAAAUGAUACUUGAAAAGGGGUACAAUGCAGGAGACGUCAUCAAUGUGAUUUUUGCUGUAUUCACUGGUUCUUUCUCCCUCGGGCAAGCAUCUCCAUGCGUGAGUGCAUUUUCUGCAGGACAAGCUGCAGCUUAUAAGAUGUUUGUGACAAUCAACAGAAAGCCAGAUAUAGAUGUGUAUGACACCAGAGGACUAAAAUCACAAGAGAUCCGCGGAGACAUUGAACUGAGGGAUGUUUAUUUUAGUUAUCCUGCAAGACCGGAUGAGCAAAUAUUCCUCGGAUUUUCUCUCUCGAUACCUAGUGGUGCAACUGUUGCUUUGGUUGGACAAAGCGGAAGUGGUAAAUCAACUGUCAUCAGUUUGAUUGAGAGAUUUUAUGAUCCCCAGGCUGGUGAAGUUCUUAUUGAUGGGAACAAUCUAAAAGAGUUUCAACUGAAAUGGAUCAGACAGAAAAUAGGCCUUGUAAGUCAGGAACCUGUUUUGUUUAGUGGUAGCAUUAAAGAUAAUAUUGGCUAUGGAAAGGAUGAUGCAACAACUAAAGAAAUGAGGGCUGCUGCUGAGCUGGCCAAUGCUGCAAAAUUCAUAGACAAACUACCUCAGGGACUAGAUACAAUGGUUGGUGAACAUGGAACUCAGCUAUCUGGGGGCCAAAAGCAGAGAAUUGCCAUAGCAAGAGCAAUUCUGAAGAACCCAAGAAUUCUGCUUUUGGAUGAAGCAACAAGCGCUCUUGAUGUAGAAUCUGAGAGAGUUGUUCAAGAGGCAUUGGACAGAAUUAUGGUUAACAGGACUACUGUCAUUGUAGCCCAUCGCUUGAGCACAGUGAGGACUGCUGAUACAAUUGCAGUAAUACAUCGCGGAAAAAUUGUUGAAAAAGGACCACAUACUGAGCUGGUUAAGGAUCCUGAUGGUGCAUAUAGCCAACUUAUAAGAUUGCAAGAAAUUAGCAAUGUGUCAGAACAUGAUGCUCAAAAUGAUCAUGAAAGGCCAGAAAUUUCCUCAAGUUUUCGGAAACUUUCUUCCUUUAGAUCCAUAAGUCUGGGGUCAUCAGAAAUAGGAAAUAGUAGUCGCCGUAGUCACUCAUUUUCAAUCUCACAUGGUGCUCCUACUGUAACCGGUGUCUUUGAAAUAGCUCCUGCAGAACCUGACAUUCUAUCUGCAUCGAUAGAAGUGCAUCCGGAAGUCUCACUUAGCCGCCUGGCUUAUCUGAACAAGACAGAAAUCCCAGUACUACUUCUAGGUUCUAUAGCUGCAGCAAUCUGUGGCGUAAUCUUGCCUAUUUUUGGGGUGCUAAUAUCUAGCGUAAUCAAGACCUUCUUUGAUCCACCUCAUCAGCUCCGAAAGGACUCAAAACUUUGGGCGUUAAUUUUUGUUGUUAUUGGAGUGGUGGCUCUCUUGGCGCAUCCAGUGAGAGCAUACUUCUUUGCUGUGGCAGGGUGUAAGUUAAUAAGACGAAUCCGAUCACUAUGCUUUGAGAAGGUCAUUUAUAUGGAAGCAAGUUGGUUUGAUGAAGCCGAGCACUCGAGUGGUGCACUUGGUGCAAGGCUUUCAGGAAAUGCAGCUUCUCUGCGAGGGUUGGUUGGAGAUGCUCUCAGUUUGGCUGUUAUGCAUGCAUCAACUACAAUUGCUGGCUUGGUUAUUGCUUUUUUGGCAAACUGGCAACUUGCUUUUAUUAUUCUUCUUAUGCUGCCUCUACUAGGAAUAAGUGGAUAUUUUCAAAUCGAGGUCCUGAAAGGAUUAAGCUCAAAUGCAAAGAAAAUGUAUGAAGAUGCAAGCCAAGUAGCCACCGAUGCUGUGGGGAGUAUUAGAACAAUUGCUUCCUUUUGUGCUGAGGAAAAGAUUAUUAAGUUGUACCAGACAAAAUGUGAAGGUCCUAUCAAGGCAGGGAUAAGACAAGGUAUAGUUAGUGGAAUAGGCUUUGGGCUAUCACUCUUCUUGCUCUUUUCUGUAUAUGCAUGCAGUUUCUAUGCAGGGGCACAACUUGUUGGAGCAGGCAAGACGACAUUCCCAGAUGUUUUUCGGGUUUUCUUUGCCCUCACUAUGACAGCUGUGGCACUGUCUCAACAGGGUUCCUUAGCCCCUGAUGCAAGCAAAGGAAAGAGCUCUGCUGCUUCAAUAUUUGCAAUUCUUGACCGGAAAUCAAAAAUAGAUGCUAGUGAUAACUCCGGAACAACUAUAGAAAAUUUGAAGGGAGAAAUUGAAUUUUGGCAUGUUAGUUUCAAGUAUCCAAAUAGACCUAAUGUACCAAUAUUCCAGGAUCUGUGCUUGACCAUUCACUAUGGGCAGACAGUUGCUCUGGUUGGAGAAAGCGGAAGUGGGAAAUCAACAGUGAUCUCAUUGCUGCAGAGAUUUUAUGAUCCUGAUUCAGGUCACAUUACAUUAGAUGGUACUGAAAUGCAAACAUUACAGCUGAAGUGGUUGAGGCAGCAGAUGGGGCUGGUGAGCCAGGAGCCUCUACUUUUUAAUGACACUAUCAGAGCCAACAUUGCAUAUGGAAAGGAAGGGAGUGCAACCGAGGCUGAAAUUAUAGCUGCAGCAGAAUUGGCAAAUGCUCACAAGUUCAUUAGUAGUUUACAACAUGGCUAUGAUACAAUAGUAGGUGAGCGAGGGGUCCAACUCUCAGGUGGACAGAAGCAAAGGGUAGCUAUUGCAAGAGCUAUAAUGAAGGCACCAAAGAUAUUGCUACUAGAUGAAGCCACCAGUGCUCUUGAUGCUGAAUCCGAAAGAGUGGUUCAAGAUGCACUGGAUCGAGUUAUGGUGGAUCGAACUACAGUGGUGGUUGCCCAUCAGCUAUCCACAAUUAAGGGUGCAGAUUUAAUAGCAGUGGUGAAAAAUGGAGUCAUUACAGAGAAAGGAAAGCAUGAAACUCUGAUCGGUAUCAAGGGUGGAACUUAUGCUUCUUUGGUAGCACUACAUGCAAGUGCCUCAUCUUAGAGAGCUUUAUGUUCUGUCUGUAAAUCAAAUUCUAUAAUGUGUUGUAUGAACUUAUGUUAUCUUUUUGGUCAUUACAAAGUUUAUUCUAAUUCCUAGUGUUAUACAUUGCUUCAAGUACUUGUGCUGAAUGGAUC